AUGUAUGCCACACACGAUUUUAUUUGUUGGAGGAAGCCGUCGGAGCCAUUUCCAGCUGAGAGGGGCGGAGGGGGCCAGCGACCGUGUGAGGAUGGCGAGACGGGGUGGGUCUGUCGCAUAGCCCAAGGAUUCCGAGCCACCGCAUGUGACUGUUUUACCCAGGUUCAUUCGUCAUCGAUCGUGCGAUCUCAUGAACGGUAUGCGCUUCGCCUCACGGAUACGGUGCAUCUAAUUGCCCGCCUUGUUUCUGGAGCGGCGACCCCUGGCGAAUUUCCCGUGAUCCCUAGCUCUGGACCAGUCGAUGGUGCUCUCUGUUGCAUUUCAUGUGUUACACCGGGAUCAGUUCGCGCCUUGCAGGCAGUUUUUAGGUUGGAGCGAAGCGGCGAGGCGUUUUCGAAAGAUGCGGCGGUCUAUCCACGAUGCAACGGGAGCCUAGCAGCCAUUUGGCGCUCCGUCGAAGGAUGA